ACCAUUUUGUCAGUGAAAUAAAACACCUACAACUAGCUGACAAUGAAACUAUGGUCAGUUUUGAUGUUCAGUCAUUGUUUACAUGCUUACCUGUUGAAGACUGCAUCAAGAUUGUGUCUAAGAAACUAGCAGAGAAUAACAUGCCUACUGAAUAUGCUGAACUGUUAAAACAUUGCCUAACAUCUGGCUAUUUACUGUGGAAUAAUCACUUCUACACGCAAGUGGAUGGUGUAGCAAUGGGCUCCCCAGUAUCUCCCAUUGUUGCUGAUAUCUUCAUGGAGGAUUUUGAGGAGCGAGCCCUGCAAUCUGCACCCGUAACACCCAAAUUCUACAAGCGAGAGCACGUGGGAUCUGCGAUGAACAACACCUGGGUGCUGAGCUUCAACAUG